ACCCCAGCGGCUCCUGCCUAUCCGCGCAGACCAGGAGGAACUUCACCACAGGGAGAGAGGGAAGACUGCCAGAGGAGGUAUCAGCAUGCUGUCUGCUUUCCAGUUUCAGUGCCACUUCAUUCUCAUCUUCCUGGCAGCCUCCAAGGGGGAAACCAGAUACCUAGAGGUGAGAGAUGCCAGUGAAGACGAGCCCUUCCUACUCCUCAGUGAGGAUUUGAAGCGAGAGCUUUCUGCAGGGCAGAUCUACCGGCGGUCACUCCGAUGCAUCGACAUGCUGAGUAUAGAGGGGCAGUUCACCUUUACUGCAAACCAACCGCAGCUGCACUGCGCGACCUUCUUCAUCGGGGAGCCUGAGGAGCUUAUCACAAUAAACUACGACUUUGUAAACAUUGACUGCCAAGGGGGUGAUUUCCUGAAGGUAUUUGAUGGUUGGAUACUCAAAGGAGAGAAAUUUCCCAGUUCCUUGGACCACCCCCUCCCCACUUCCCAAAGAUACGUAGACUUUUGUGAAAGUGGCAGUAUUCAGAGAAGCAUCAGGUCGUCGCAGAAUGUGGCAAUGAUCUUCUUCAGGAUUCAUCAGCCAGGCAAUGGAUUUACCAUCACUGUCAAGAAAAACACCAACCUCUUCCCUUGCAAUGUCAUCUCUCAGACUCCCUCGGGAAGGUUUACCAUGGUCAUUCCUCACCAGCACAGAAACUGCAGCUUCUCCAUAAUCUACCCAGUGGUGAUAAAAAUAUCUGAUCUUAUUGUGGGCCAUUUAAAUGGCCUCUUCCUAAAGAAACCAACAGCAGGCUGUGCAGGAGUGGGAGAUUUUGUAGAGCUGCUGGGAGGAGCUGGCUUAGACCCAUCUAAGAUGUUUCCACUGGCUGAUCUCUGUCACUCCUUCCACGGGUCUGCCCAAAUGAAGAUUGGCUGUGACAAUACUGUGCUGCGGAUGGUCUCCAGCGGCAAACAUGUCAAUCGUGUGACAUUUGAGUAUCAUCAACUUGAUAUGCAGGAAACAGAAAACAGAAAGGAGAACAGCAUUGAGGAAUUCUGCUUUCCAAGCAUUUGAGAAACCAGGCCACACAUUUUCAAACAGCUAUGAAAAUAAGGUUCUUGUGAAUUAAAACAAUGUAUUUUUCCUUUAAAUAGCUGGUAGUACCAAGCCUUUCUACAGUACAAGCAUAUCUCUUUUUUUUCAUACAAAUCAGUCAUUCUCAUGACCAAGAAGAAAAAAGCAAACAAUAUAUUAAAUAUUUGUUAUUACCAUUAUAUUUUUUCCGCAGUAUUUAAGCUACUUUUCUACAUCCAAAAUCAAUAGCAAGUGUAGAAGGCUAUGUUUCCAAUAUAAAUAUUAUUAGACAGACACAAAUAAAUAUUAUAAAACAGACACAAAUCUAGUGUAUCUAGCCUAAGGAUAUACAAAACCCACAAUAAGUAUAAGAGUCACACAGUAAUUUUAUCCUUUUACAUCAGGUAUAAACAAAAAAAAGAUAGAUGGUAGAAUAGGCUUCCAGUUUUGUAAGAGGAAACCCAACAUUACUGUGUGUAAAAACUCUUUGCUGGUUAAUGACUAUAAAUGUGCUAUUUAUGUCUAAUGACAUGUUUUUAAUAAAAAUCUAUAGCAUGGAAAAGUCCUUACACAAAUCCAAACAUAAAUAAAUACAUUCAAAGAGUUGGCAAAAUGUUAUUAUGUUGUAUUUUUCUGAAGAGCUCUUCUAAAAACUGGUUAAAUUUCCUAAGCCUUGUGUAUUUUUCUGGAAAUGAUAAUUUUUAACAUACAUUGCUGUAAAAUUGUGGACUAUUAAAGUAGCAUU